ACUUACUGUUAGAACAAAAUAGUACAAUAUUACCAGAUAUUAACAACAGUAGGAAUUAUGCAAGGAACACUGCCUUACGCCUUGGCUGCUCACGGACAUUCCGGAGUGGCUGGGAUCGGCGAUGCGCUUAUCCACGAUGCCACAGAUAAUAGCUUCAACAAGAAGAGCGUUGACCGCAGGAGCAGAGUCACUGGUCAAAACAGAGAGGAUGUUGGGAUAUCAAACGUCUCUAUGGAGCUUGCUGGAAGUGGAGUGAGCGGCAACUCCGAGUGGGUUCUCUUCAGCCCCUACGAUGAGGGAGAAGAAGAGGAAGAGGAGGAGUACGAUGCUGCUGAAACAGGAAGCAUCUUAAGCACACGAUUAUCCUCAUUCCAGUCUCCAAUCAAAAAUAGGCGCUCCAGCUCAUUUGAAACCACAGGGUACGUGAUUAGCGAUUUUGGCUACAGUUUAAAGUCGGGAUAUGUUACCGACGAGGGUAAGAAUUCGGUUACCGAUAACGGAGUUGAAGACGCUGACGAAGGGUAUGAUGACGAAGACUAUGAAGACGAUGAAGAAGAAGAUGAUGAGGAUGAUGAGGAUGGAGAUGAUGAUGAGGAUUCGCUAGCAGGUGAUGUCAGAAGCGGAAUUAAGGACAUGCAACGAUCAAGGCUUGACGAAAUAGAAAGCAAGAAGCAUGACGAACUAGUCAGCAAAAUAAACACGUGGAAGCACAGUGUCAAGACGGUGAAUGGAGUGACUCCGAAGGUUGACGGUAGGUUGACAAUGGGAAAUGAGAAGAAAAGAGAGGUGAAAGCGGAAAAAAGAUUCACGAGUGUGAAAGAACACAAGGCAAGGGAAAGUGAGAUUCGGGUCUUCAAGAGUGCCGCCAGCCGCCUCUGCAGCUCUCUAAAGAAAGAAAGGUUAGUGGAGCAUGAAGGCAUUUUUAUGAACAACCCCGAGCUAGAGUCCUGUGUUCCUGGCUAUUGGAAGAGAAUGAUGUUGGAUAAUCUGAUACAGUACAAUGCGGAGCCGGGAGCUGCUUCAGUGGGUUAUAAUAUAUUGGGCGAUGAUGUGAAGGGUGGGAACAGAAAUUUUUGGGAACCUGAGGAAAACAUCAGUGUUCAGAGCGUUAGCACCGGUUGGGAAGGAGGCAGUAUUCUUGGAUUUUAGGCACGGAUAAAUCCUCAUGAUCAUCCAAUAUGUAUUUAGCAUUUUGAAACAAAAAAAAAAUGGAGGAGGCCAAUGCAUGAUGUUCUCCCAUGCAAUGUUACAUUGUUAUAACUAUGUUUGGUUUUGUUCGUAGUGUGUUGAAAUUUUAGGACUUUUGUCUGACCGGUUAAUGAAUGUACUGUCUAUAGCAAAUAUUCCAGAAAUUAUUAUAUCUGAUAUAAAAUACACAAAUCAAAAUAUUCCUACUUGAUUCUCCGCAA